UAUCUGUCCAUCCACCCGCUUUUUCCGUCCCCAGUCGCGCUACAGGGCCGAUAACUAUGCCAAACCUUGGGUGGCACCUCGACUCAGUUACCGCUACACUUUGAUGCCAAUUUUCCCCAUUUCGACCUUGUCCUCGUUGGGAAAACUGGGGUCGGCUGAAAAGAGGGCCCCUGCCUCCGUCGUUACGAGACAUGCAAAACGGCAGCUCCGAUGGCCUUGUACACCAAAAUGCACGCGUGACCCCCGAUCCCGACCCAACCCCAUCUGCUCUUGCUACGCCCGAUCCUCCCGUCGAUUCUGCGACUCGUGAUUCGAUUCCUUCGGUGCCCAAAGAAGACGAGUCCGCUCCCAACCACCCGGAAGGUCCGCCAUCCAAGAGGCGAAAGCUUGCGGACUCGGCCGCCUCGCGUCGGUCGAGCUCCCGCGCAGCGUCGCCUCCGUGGAAGAAACCCGGCGUCGAUGGUCCGACUUCCUUCAUCCAAGAUGGCCGACGCAAGUCCUCUCGAGUCAACUCCGUACCCGUCCAACUACAGCCUCCGUCCGAUAAAAAGCCGACGCGAGCGAACCGGAAAUCAUUAGUCGGCAAGAAUGUUGCUGGCCGGGGGGAAGGCGCUGCAUCGUCACCCUUAUCGACAUCUACCUCAUACCCGGAGAUUAACGGAAAGCCCCUUGGUGGUAACGCAACUGCUAAUGGUUCACCAAGGAGCGUCACCAUCCGGGGUGCUUCUACUCGACGACCACGCGUAUCACAAUCGCCGGGGCCAAAACAAACCCAUACGCGGACAAGAUCCCAAAGCUCCGGGACGCCAAACUCCGCUCGUCGGCUUCCAAACGGAGGACUCAACGGUUUUGGUAAUGUGACAAAUGGAGCGAAUGACAAUGAAGGAGGCUACGGGGUCGUCGAGAACGAGGGUGAUGAAUCCCACCAGCGAGUCCCUCGGCUGCGGAUCAAGGUCAAGAAGCCGUCGAUCGGCGUCCAACACCCCUCUCAUGUUAUACCCCCUCGCAAGUAUGGAUCGUUUAGAGAAUGGCUUGAUAGCGAUGACGGGCGAGCGCGGGAUGACACAAUUCUCACACCAGAGGAAGCGCAUGAAGAGGCUCAGAAGAGGCGCCGAAUCGCAACCGCUGCAGAGCCGGGCGGCCCUUUGAGUUCAGAUGUAUGCUCUGCAUACCUCCCGGAGCAGCAAGAAGAGCCACCGCAACAGUUUUCGCACCAGGAUCAUCUGGUUGCGCACGCCCUGUACUUUAAGAAGCUUCUUGACCAGGAACAUAGACGUCAUCGCCACAUGGCAAAGCUUUUUGCGCAAUGGUGUGCCGAUGCAUGGAGGAAGCGAAACAAGGACCCCGAAGACAUUCUCAGGGAACAGCAGGAGGAAGUACGAGGAAAGCGCAAGCAGUUGGCUAAGGACCUUCAGAAAAUGUUCGAUCUCACUCGAGCAGAGGUGGACAGAAUGCGUCUGGCCCACUGGGAAGAAGAACGCAAAGCGAAGGACCAACAGGCUUUGGAUCGUGCAAUCAAGCAAUCUACUAUGCUCUUUGAAAAGCGACGAAUGGAAAUCCUUGGCGAAACUGGAAGCGAUGCCCUUGAAUCCAGCGAAGGCGAGGAAGCAGAAACAGAUGCUUCGUCGGGCGAUGAAGAUAACGAAAGCAAUAUGUCGUCGACGGACUCUGAAAGCGAUGGGGGAAACUACGUUGAUGAUGACGAGGGGCUAACAGCUGAAGAACUCCGGUUGAAGUAUGCCAAUCUCUCGGAGCCUAACAAAGUCUCAGACCGCAUGUCUUUGGCAUCCGAUGAGACGAAUCCAUCGGACAGCGCUAGUGUCUCACGCGGACCUGAUGCAGUUGACUCUGAAGUGCCUUCCGAGCAGGUGGACCCCAACGCGGUCGAGCUGGAGGAAGUUGACCCCAUGCUCAUGGACGACAGUGAUGAGGCAUCCACAGACAUGGAGGACGAUAUGGGAGAGACUGACGAGGAGGGAGAUUCAGGUGAUGCUGACUCUGACGAGGAUGAUGGGCCCGGAUUGUUCGGUUUUUUCUCUGCGAAAGAUAUUGCGUUGAACGACGAUCAACAUCAAAGCGAUCUAGAUGAUGCGGACGAUAACCUCGAAAGUCUUUAUGGCGGUGACAUGAAAUUGACUUCGGUUGAUGAUGAGGACGAAGAACCAAGUGACCCCGACGAGGUUUCUCUUGUUCCUAACGGACCGGCCAAUCGAGAGUCCACCCCCCAGGAUAUGGAUAUCGCCGAGACCUCCCUUGUCGGUGACAAUGCCUCCGCCGACAUUGCUCCCAUCGACGUCGACCAGACCAAUGGAAUUGAGAUGGUUGAAAGCCCUCCUCGCGAGAGCCCAGCCAUCGUCGAAGCAACUACUGAAACCAAUACUGACUCCCGGGAGGAGAUGUAUCCGGACCAGCCUGAUGCUUACAAUAGUGGCGAGCCUUCUAGUGAGGCAUCCCCAGGAACACUUGCCACCAAACCUUCCGAGCCUGAGUCAGUCUCCUCAUAUGACGCCGCAGCAGAAAAGGGCCGCCAGCCAAGCGAAUCGCCGGCUCCAGGAUUGAAGACGCCAGUGCCGCAUCUACUCCGCGGAAACCUCCGAGAAUACCAGCACUUCGGUCUGGACUGGCUCGCCGGUCUCUACACGAACCAAAUCAAUGGUAUCCUUGCGGACGAGAUGGGCCUAGGGAAAACCAUACAAACGAUUGCUCUGCUUGCUCACUUGGCCGUAGAGCAUGAGGUAUGGGGGCCGCACUUAGUCGUCGUCCCUACCAGUGUGAUCCUGAACUGGGAAAUGGAGUUCAAAAAGUGGUGUCCGGGUUUCAAAAUCAUGACCUACUAUGGCAAUCAAGAGGAGCGCCGUCAGAAGCGCAGGGGAUGGAUGGAUGAUACUAAUUGGAACGUGCUGAUUACUUCCUAUCAAUUAGUCCUACAGGAUCAGCAAGUCUUGAAACGAAGGAACUGGCACUAUAUGAUUCUGGAUGAAGCGCACAAUAUUAAAAACUUCCGUUCCCAGAGGUGGCAAGCUCUUCUCACUUUCCGCACUCGCGCGCGGCUUCUACUCACCGGCACCCCUCUCCAGAAUAACCUAACGGAAUUAUGGUCCUUAUUGUUCUUCUUGAUGCCCACGGAUGGCGGCGAAGCUGGAAUCGAGGGUUUCGCUGACCUAAGGAAUUUUUCUGAAUGGUUCCGGCGUCCGGUGGAGCAGAUCUUGGAGCAUGGCCGGGAAACGAUGGACGACGAAGCCAAGCAAGUUGUCACCAAGCUUCAUACUGUUCUGAGGCCUUACAUCUUACGACGUCUGAAGGCCGAUGUAGAGAAACAGAUGCCCGGAAAGUAUGAACAUGUCGUUUAUUGCAGGCUCUCGAAACGCCAGCGUUAUCUGUAUGACGGCUUCAUGUCCAGGGCGCAGACCAAAGAAACCCUUGCCUCGGGGAACUAUCUUUCCAUCAUCAACUGCUUGAUGCAGUUGCGAAAGGUGUGCAACCACCCGGACCUUUUCGAGACCCGGCCAAUUUCUACCUCGUUUGCGAUGGCACGCUCUGUGGCCACUGAAUUCGAGAUAAAGGAGCAUCUCGUUCGCCGGCGGUUGCUAUAUGAGCAUCCGCUCAACAGGCUGGAUUUGGACUUCCUGAACCUGGUCCCUAUUUCGAGAGAGGACAUAUCUCGACGACUCGCAGAUGAUAGUACAAGACUCAUGGCUUACGGUCCAUUUAACAUACUUCGGGAACGUCAGUAUCACCGGACGAACUGGCAGAUGGAAUUCGACGGGUCUACGGUGCAAACCGCACUCCAAGCCUUGGAAAACGACUGCAGAAAAGUAAGAAUGGCUGAGCUGGAAAGAUGCCUAUACUUCGAAUCAAAACGUCACGGUCGUCGCCCAGUAUACGGAGCCAGUCUGCUCCAGUUCCUUACGGCGGACAGCAAACAGCGACCAACUUCGAACGGUCCCCUCCGGAAGAACUCACUGGCGGAUUGGCUGUCUAGUCGAUCUUCCGUCCUGGCGUCCAUGAUCCUAUCCGUUGAGGAACGCGCACAGAAUCUGGAUGGCUAUGUACAGCGAUACGCUUGCAUCACCCCGGCUGCAGUUGCUUCCGGGAUUACCGAGGCGGCCUUGACCCCAAUCAAGACGCGACAUCUCAAUAGAAAGGAAAGAUUGCCAGCCUAUGACCCAUUCCAUGAAGCCCAGAUGCGCCUGUCCAUUGCCUUCCCCGACAAGAGGUUGCUGCAGUAUGACUGCGGUAAACUACAGAGGCUUGAUAAGCUGCUGCGAGACUUGAAGGCUGGCGGUCACCGGGCGUUGAUCUUCACCCAGAUGACUAAGAUGCUUGAUAUCCUGGAGCAGUUCCUCAAUAUUCAUGGCCAUCGGUAUCUUCGGUUGGACGGUACCACCAAGGUCGAACAGCGCCAGAUUCUUACCGAUCGGUUCAAUAAUGAUAAUCGUAUCCUCGCGUUCAUCUUGUCCAGUCGAUCCGGUGGACUUGGUAUUAACUUGACAGGUGCGGAUACUGUGAUAUUCUACGAUCUUGACUGGAAUCCAGCCAUGGACAAGCAGUGCCAGGAUCGUUGCCAUCGUAUCGGGCAAACGCGCGACGUGCACAUCUACCGGUUUGUUUCGGAGUACACCAUCGAAUCCAACAUUCUCCGCAAAGCGAACCAAAAGAGAAUGUUGGAUGACGUUGUCAUCCAGGAGGGUGAAUUCACAACAGAUUACUUCACCAAGCUGGAUGUGCGUGACAUGAUCGGCCACGAGGAGGCCCUAGAGAGCCAGGACGAGGCCAGCGCCGCUAUGGAUCGGGUGCUUGAAAAUCGGGUUUCCGGCGGCUCUCGGGUGGUCUUCGAGCAGGCCGAAGACAAGGAGGAUAUCGAUGCGGCCAAGAAUGCGCAAAAGGAACUGGAGCAUGCCGAUGACGGCGAUUUCGAGGACCGCAGCGUCUCGCAAGGCACGCCCGCUCAGACCCAGGCAGGUACGCCGAUGGCCACAGGCCCCGAUGACGGAGCCCCCGGGCCGCAAUCCUCGACAACGCCGAAUGUGCAAGGGGUCGACGAACUCGUCGACACCGAGCUUCAGCCGGGCCAUGUCGAUGAUUAUCUUCUACGAUUCAUGGAAUGGAACAUGAAGGAUGAACCGCUGGUGUUGCCGGUGGACAAAAGCAAGAAGAAGUCGAAGAAGGGCAAGGAACAUCGGCUUCACAAAAGACGUCGCUAGGAUGGACUAACGAGUCCCCUGUAAUUUUAUCUGUGCUUUACGUAUUACUCUUUUUCUUUUCUUGUCUUCUCCCCUUCAUUAUCAUUGUGUUUUGUGUAUGUGCGUGCGUUGCCCUCUUCAUGAGCUAAAAGGGGGUUUGUCUGGAGUUGGAAUGGCGUCUUUUAAUAUCAGGGAUGAGACACAAAAGAAACCUUUACAUGUAGAGGGUAUUUUUCUUUUCUUUUUUUCUUUUCUUUUUUGGGUGCAGUUGUUCCUUUCCAUGUCUAAACUAUUCUACUUGACGGGGAGGGAGAAUACGCCCUGGGCGAUGGAUAUACAUAUUCUGUACGUUACGAUGAUAUCCAGAUGACUGUUAGCCCAGUUGUGUCAACACAUUUCUUUCUCACUGGCCCUAGCCUCAGAUUAA